UAACGCGAAAUUUAACUGUUAGGUUAGACUCUAACGAAAUAUUGUAAAUUUAGUGUUGUUUCUUGGUUUUUAAAAUCUUUAUACUUGGAAUAUUUGAUCUUAACGAUAUGGUGAGAACAAAGGCAGAUCGUGUACCUUUAAAAGCUGUUGGCGCCAAAGCCCCAAAUAAAUCCGUAAAAAGUGCAACCCCCAAAAAAGUGACAUUAGGUGGUAAAGGAAAGAGUUAUUCAGGUGGUAAUCCAUAUCAUCCGAGAGAAACUCCAGAAUGGCAGAAGCCUAUCACCUGUUUUCUCAAUCAAAAUUCAGAGAAAGAUAUUGCAGGUUCCUCGGGAACACAGAAAAUAAGUAAAGAAAGUGCAGAUGAAGACAUUGAAAACGAAUCUGAGUGAAAAUCUGCAGUAACUGUGCAUUUUAUUGUUAUAAUAUUAUUUCUCUGUUACCUACUAGUACAAUAAUUAAUAUUUAUUUUUUUUAUA